UGACCGACAUUCUGGCCCCUCUUCGGGCAACGAAAACUGAAGAAGGGGCGAAGACCGCUUUAUGCUGAAUUACACAGGCAAUCAUUAAGUUACUGGUAGUACAUAAAUCAUCGUACUUCAAUUUGUAGUUGUUUUUAUAACAGAGGAUUUAAUCCGAAUCAACAUGCGAUUGUCGCUCAUCUUUGAGUUGCUAUUAAUCUUUGUGUUAUUAGCAUUCGCGGCAUCCAGAGUAAUUGAUUCUAAAGGAUUACCAAACAACCGGAGAUACUCGAUACGCAAAUCAAGAAGGGUUAACCACAAGGUACGACAGGAUGUCAGCAACUACUGCAACUGUUCAACUAAGCUCUGCAAUUGCUGUCGAGAUUUUAACUUCCCCGUUGUUUCCGUACGGGGACCGGGUUGCGCAACCCUUCAGUACCUGCAGGGAGAUCGACUCGCCGUUUCGUUGAGCUUUGGAGAACGUGUACUUUCUAAUACGACGAUAUCAGGCAGGAAACCAAAACCGAUAUGCAUGCAGUUGCCGGGUGGAGUUUCAAAAUUCUGCGGUCGAGUUUAUGGCAUCACUCGUGAAGGUGAAGAUUUUAAAGCGUGCCUGGGACUUGAACUUAGAGCGUUACAAGACAUAGAAGCGUCACUACGCGUGUCUUGCUUCCGCUUUGGACCUAAAGGACUAAAAGUAGAACCGGCUCAACAACUUCCAGUGGUAAAUAUCCAGAAUAACAAAGAUAAAGAUGAAGAUGAUGACGACGACGACGAUGACGACGACGAUGAAUACGAUUUUGACGAUGACGACGAUGAAUAUGACAAUGACGUUGACGCAGUCGAUUACACAGGAUUUAGCGUAUUCGACGACGACUUCGUUGGUGAUUUAUUUGGCGUGGAAACAGAAUCCGAAAGUAACAAAGUGAAAAAACCAACUCCUGUCAAAAAGGUUCCGGUGGCGCCCACAAAAGCUCCUUUAAAAUCUCGUCCAAGUAAGCCGUUGAUUAAAAAGUCUACAGUUAAACCACUGGUAAAAGCAACGACUGCCAAACCAGUGACUAAAGUUACAUUUACACCAACAGUAACAUCCACUGGUAAACCAGUGACCGAUAAGCAUGCGCAAGGUACUCCUGAAAAUGUUGCCGAAAAACUACCAACAGUUUCACAGCAACCGACAGUCACUACCGCCGCUGUUUUGCUACAAAAUCUUUCCGAUAUAUCGAGCGCAAAACCAGCAUCAGUGGAAUUAACAACGGUCAGUGCGGUUUCGUCAGAAACAAGUGCCAUGGAAGUAACAACUUUCAGAGCGGAAACGUCGAGUACACCACCGCAAGAAGAUGAGGAAGAUAACAGUACGGAAGUUGUGGAAAACUUAAUUAUAAAGGAUGGGGAAGAUGAUGCAGAUGACGACGAUGAAGAUGAUGAUCCCAUAUCCGCGGCAGUUGAAGACGUUUUAGGCGAAGGUUCUGACAGUUCAGUAAAGAACAAAACUGUUACCGCCGAGGGAAACUCGGAAAAGGUUGUGAAGCCGCAACAUUCGGAGGAUGUGGUUGAUGAGAUAGUCGAUGGGAUGGUGGACACGUUAACUGGCGAAGAUUCCGAAAAGGUACCCAAGAAAGACCAGAUAUCGUCUGAAAACAAGAAUAAACGCGAAAAGGAUGACGAUGACGAAUAUGACGACGAUGAGGAGGAUGACGAUGACAGAUAAGAGCGUACCAAAGAACAAAAAAACGAAUCGCGCACAUUAUCGGUUGGUGCUAUAUUUAGUUAAGUUAUUUAUUAUUAUUUAUUGAAGCUUUUGUAAUGUACAUACGUUGAGUGUAAUUUAGUGUUGAAUUAGUUUCGUUUUUAAUAAAACAACUUUGUUAUAA